CACAUUGACAUGGCUUCUUGUUGGAAGGCCACUGGCGCGAAGUUACGGAGUACUGCCGAGGACAGUUCGGCCUCUGCGCUUGAACCGCUUGAGAGAUUGUACUUAUGAGGAGGAGUGCGCGAACAACUUUGUCAACGACCUGAUCCAGGGCGCCUUGGCAGAAGAUGUCAAUGUUGCGACCGAAGACGUUACGUUUUAUGAGUCGGAUGAAGACAGCGUAGAGGACGACGUCUUCAGCCUCGCAGAUCCGAGUGAGGACGAGGAGGACCGUGAGCAGACGCGUGUGUUGGCAAAGUUGUCUUCGAUGCGCGUUCGCUUGUGA